AUGGCUAGAGGAAAUCAAAGAGAUCUCGCACGGGCAAAAAACUUGAAGAAACAACAAGAAGCCGGGAAAGCACUGAAGAAGGAGGGUGAUCCCACCAAGCGUAUGGAAAGUGAUGCAGAAAAGAUGAGAGCCAAACAAGCUGCAGCUGAUGCCCGCAAAGCCGAAGCCAAAAAGUAG